AUGGGAAACUCCCAGACCAAGGAGUCGCGUUCCACAGCCCCCUUGAAUCGUCGGGGCCAUCGAUCCUCCGAUGCCUCAAGUCGACCAUAUCAAGGUUCUCGGUCAGCAAGAGGAAGUAGGCCUGACCUUUCGAUUCUUGGGAUCGGCAGCAGUCAUGAUCGAGAUGUGGCCACGCUAGAACAUCGGCGGGAAACAAAACAAGAGCGCGAGGCUCGUCGCCUGGAGAAGGAGCGGGUGGCUCGACUCAAAGAGAGGGAGCGCAGCAUGAAGGAGGAGCAUGUCGAUGGAGGCUAUCUCGUGACACAAGGAGUGUAUGUGGGAACUGAAGACUAUAAUAAAGUAGUGGUGCGCCAACUGAUGAUUGAACGCCGACUGGCCCCAUUCUGGAGAGGUCUCAAUGACUUCUCGGAGUCAUGGGCUGAGCAUCAGCUUAUGGCGGCUGCGCGAGGCAUGCCCAUCCCCCCGCCCGAUGAGAUCCCGCCCGAAUUGGAGUACAAACUACCCAGGAUCGCGGACAAAUCCCCUGUUGAUGCGACAAAUAUUCAGCAUCUGACAGUGCCGAUAACGUCCAGAUCGCAAUGUUUCACAGUCCUCCAACCCCCUCAAUCAUUACCUUCUGCAUCUCCGAUCGCAUCCGGCACAUCGACCUCCCCUCUCUUCAGAACAAGAGCAAAGACUUUGGCUGCUCUAACCACUUCUUCCAAGCAUAACUCACAGACAGAUCUAACACCCCGGGAGCUGCAGCUCCCUAAGGAUCCGUUUGUCAAUGGACAGCCCAUCGAAGUCAACUUGUACAAAGACGCAAGCGAAUGUCCAAUCUGUUUCCUUUACUACCCGCCGUACUUAAAUCGCACUCGAUGCUGCGAUCAACCCAUAUGCUCCGAGUGCUUUGUUCAAAUCAAGCGUCCGGAUCCGCAUCCUCCAGAGCAUGGAGAGCCCGAACCAAAUGCUCCUCCGGCCGAGAGAGAACAGACAGAGUCGACGGAGUCACAGUUGGUCUCUGAACCCUCGGCGUGUCCAUUUUGUGUUCAGCCAGAGUUCGGAGUCACCUACGCAUCGCCGUCGUUCCGCCGUGGUCUUACCUAUGCAGCAGACCCCAGCGCUCGGCUCUCGCCCAACUUCACUUCUCCCGUAUCAUCCACCUCCUCCUUAUCGUCUGCCACCGCAGCUGUGCCAGGUCGUCGUCGUGCUACCUCGCUCUCCACCACCGACCCUACAGUGGUUACAACGGACAGGAUUCGGCCUGACUGGGCCACCAAAUUAUCGAAUGCACGAGCUCAUGCGGCACGCCGGUCUGCGGCAGCGACUGCCCUUCACACUGCGGCGUACUUGAUAAACCCCAGUGCCUCCGGUAAUGACUCGCGUGGGUUUGGCAUUGGACGCCGAGGAAUGCGAAGAGCCACUGCUGGAGAAGGGUCUGGCGGCCGGACCGCUUCACCCGCGCUCAAUGCAUUGGCUUUCUUAACGGAACGUACAGCCACUAGUACCGAUCGGGCGUCUUCUCGCGCAGCCGGACAAGACGCCGAUUCAGCCUCUGCUGAAGAAGGAUCGAGUAACUCGGCUGCGGCUCGCUCAAGCUCGAGGCGCAAUCGAUUUGAUGACCUCGAGGAAAUGAUGAUGAUGGAAGCCAUUCGAUUGAGUUUGGCUAGCGAAGAUGAGCGUCUCAGGCGGGAGGAGAAAGAGGCAAGAAAGGAUGCCAAAAAGCGGGAGAAGGAGAAGGAGAAGGAGGCCAAGAAAGCGGAUAAGGCAGCUCGUAAAUCUGGCUUGUACAGCAAUAAUGCUAGCGCCUCCGCUCUGGAUAUCCUUGGUGACUCUAGUCUAGCCAAGGUGGCCAGUAGCUCAUCCUCUGUCAUGGGCGAGGAUGCCGUUGGUGAGGAAAUUGCUGCUGGCAGCAAAGGCAAAGGAGUCGACCGUGCAUUGCCAUCGACCACAGGAGAAAUGAAACCCCCUUCGCUUCUUGAUCCAACAAUCCCAACGGUUCAGUCAGCUGAUCAGUCUGAGCCAUCACGGCCAUCCCAUUUACGGCAUGUCUCCAGCGCCUCCUCGUCCUUCUCUUCUAUCAUGGAAACUUCUCCAGACGAUCGCAAAGGCGGUCACACACCGGGGGAUGAUAACAACACUUCUCUUGAACCCUUGUUCAAUUUUCGCAGUCUAGCAGCCGUUAUUGGAGACGAGGAGAAGGCGGAUGAGUGUGCAGAACACGUCGAGGACUCCUCCAAUAAGUUACAGACGGAGGGCUCUUGCUCAAGUGCAGCCCCGUCAGUUCAUCAACCUUUGACCGACGCAAAUCCCGACACAACGACACCUAUCGUCGAGUCUCACAUGGAGUCUGACGGUGGCUCUGGUGUCCUUCCUAAGGAGCUCGAAACUCGCUCCGUCGAGAUCACAAGUUCCGCUACGCACCCGGAGGCUACCUCGUGA